AUGACUACAUAUGAUCCCGGACAUAUUAAUAAUCUUGACAAGAACCAAGUUAAGGCUUUGAAAGAUUUAUGGUUGCUUUUGGAGAGGGAAUUUCGUGAUCCGGAGAAACCGGUUAAUUCUACUGUUGAAAUGGAAAUUUCUCUUGCAAGUGGAUAUGAUAAUCCGGAUAUGAUCUUACUUCGGUGGCUACGCGCAAAAAAAUGGAAUGUUCAAAGUGCAUUUCAACAAUGCCGUGAUACGAUCAAAUGGAGACAAGAAUGGGGAGUAAAAGAACUUGUUGCUAGAGGUGAAAUGGAUUUAUGUGAAGAAGAAAUACGAACAGGAAAGAGUUAUUUUACUGGUCCUGAUAAAGCUGGUCGACCGAUUAGUUACGUUUCAGUUAAGGAUCAUAUCAAAGGACAAUUUCCACCUGAAUCAACAGAAAAGGUAACUGUGUACACUAUGGAAACAGGUCGAAAGCUGUUACGACCACCGCACGAAUCAGUUACCGUUAUUUUCGACAUGACUGGUUUCGGUCUAAAGAACAUGGACUAUCCGCAUUUGAAAUUUCUUAUUAACUUGCUAGAGAACUAUUAUCCGGAGUCAUUUGCUCUAGGAUUGAUAAUCAACGCACCUUGGAUAUUCAAUGGGUGUUGGUAUAUCAUUAAACCUUGGCUAGAUCCGAUUGUUGAGAGUAAGAUUCAUUUUAUUAAUAAUCUGAAUGAUUUGACUGAAUUUGUCGAUCCAUCGAUGUUACCGAAACAAUUGAAUGGUACUCAGCCGGAUUUCCAAUACAUUCCACCAAGUGAGGAAGAGUUAGCUAAGUUAGCUGUAAUUCGAAAUGAUCAGAAAGGAAAAUUGAAAGCGGAAGAAGAACAUCGAAAAGCAGCGGAGAAAUAUCUUCAAGUCACAGAAAAAUGGGUUCGUGGAGAUGAUACGGAUGAAAUUUUAGAAGAACGAAGACUAGCGACACAAGAAUUACGUGAUGCUUUCGAACAACUAGUUCCGUAUGUGAGUACACAAACUCAUUAUCAUCGAACGGGAGCUAUUCAAGAACCAAUAUUUGAUAUUGUUUAUCAAAGAAUAAAAGAAAAUUCUCCGAAUUAA